AAGUCUUUAUCAGAAAACCCAGGGUCACUGCUAUCGGCGACUGAAGCAAAAUAUCGCCCAUAGUAUUUCGUUACUGCAAAUCGUAGAUUUUCUCGGCAGACAAAAGGUAUGACUGAUGAUGUUCAGCUCUGAUCUGUGAGAUAGAGUCGGAACUAGCUAAGAAAAUAUCAGCUCUCAUUUUUUUGAUAGCCGUGUUGUCCGAGCCAGCUUGCUAAUUCCGCGAGGACUUUCUUGGUAUUGAUGGCAUCCAAGAUUCAGCAACUGCAAUCUAAGGCAUGUCAAGCUUCACAGUUUCUUGCUAAGCAUGGUACUGGAUACUACAAACAGUUGCUGGAGCAGAACAAACAAUAUAUUGUGGAGCCACCCACUGUUGAAAAAUGCAAUGAAUUGUCCAAACAGUUGCUCUACACUCGUCUUGCCAGCAUCCCUGGUCGUUAUGAGUCAUUUUGGAAAGAAGUCGAUUCUGUCAAGCACAUAUGGAGGAAUAGAAAGGAAUUGAAGGUUGAAGAUGCAGGCAUUGCUGCUUUGUUCGGCUUGGAGUGCUUUGCAUGGUAUUGUGCUGGUGAGAUAGUAGGAAGAGGAUUUACAUUCACUGGUUACUAUGUCUGAGAUAUCAGUUUCCAAAAAUUUGUUUGUUCAAAUUGACAACUGUGAGGUCUCUCUUUUUAUUAGCAUGAUUUGAGUAACAGGGAAUUCAUACCAGGUUUUGUUUCCCAAGAAAGUUUUUGGAUCUGAGAAAUCAGUGUAUAAAUUGAUUGCAAUAAUUUACUAAUCCUCGCUCAUCUUAUUUCCCACCUCAGUGGAGAGGCUUAGAUUGAACUUUGUAAUAGUAAUUUUAUCUGUUGAAUGUUACUGCUGCCCAUGACAAGUA